GCAAAACACCGCGAAUAAGAAAUGCCUGAUCAGACGUCUGCGAGGCCGGACAAACCCGUGAAGAGGGAGGAGGAGACGUGGGAUCAUUGCGCAGCUUGUACGACAGACACUGCGCCGAAGGACCCCGAUGCACCCUGGAUCCAGUGUUCGCCAUGUCAUUCGUGGUUCCACGUCCAAUGCGUCGACCUGAAGGACAAAGAUAUUACCCGGAUCAAGUCAUACCACUGCGACAAAUGUGCCGAAACGCGUGGCCCAACUACAUACCAUCCCCCACCCCGAGAAAGCGGUCGCAGACGCGAAAAGAUCGAUUACGCCGCCCUCAACAUGGGCGACACUUCCGCGGCCCAUACACACCAACACGCACACACACCCUAUCUCACACGCACCUUUGCGCCCGACCACUUCCCCCGCCUCCACGGUCACGAGUUGACAUCUGAAUAUGCGCACGCGACGGGAUUGAAGACGCCGGCUGUGGUACCAGCGGAAUGGAACAAAGGACUGAAUAUGAAGGUGCCGAAGUUGACGGUUCGUCAGGUUGCGGAAAGCGUGGGCGAGGACGUAGCAGUCGAAGUCAUGGAUGUGCCUACCCAAUCGUCUUCGCCGGGGUGGACGUUGGGUUCGUGGGCGGAUUACUAUGAGACACCUGCGGCGGAGAGGGAUCGAGUCCGUAAUGUCAUCUCUUUGGAAGUCAGUCAAUCUGAGCUGGCUAAGGAUAUCGUGCGACCAAAGUUCGUCAGGGAUCUUGACUGGGUGGAUAUGGUCUGGCCUGCUUCAGCAGGACCAGUCCCAGAGGUUCAGCUGUACUGUCUGAUGUCGGUCUCGAACGCCUUUACCGACUUCCACGUCGACUUUGCGGCUUCGUCUGUCUGGUACCACGUCGUACAAGGAACAAAGACCUUUCUCUUCGUCCCACCCACCCCCGCAAACCUCCGGAAAUACGAACUCUGGUGCCUCUCCUCCGACCAAAAAAAGACGUGGUACCCAGACACCCUCACCAGCAGUGGCUCCACCCAAUGCGUCAAAGUUGAACUCAGACAAGGCGACACGAUGUGUAUCCCCUCCGGCUGGAUCCACGCCGUCUACACCCCAACAGACUCCCUCGUAAUCGGCGGCAACUUCCUAACCCCCAUUAAUAUCCCCACCCAGCUCGAACUCGCACGAAUCGAAGUCCGUACGAAGGUUCCAAAGAAAUUUAGGUUUCCGAAGUUUCAGGAGGUGCUGUGGUUUGCUGUUGAGUAUUAUUUGAGGGAGAAGCCUGCGUUGGAGGGGAAGGGGUACGAGAGGCUGGGCGUGGGGGUGUUGGCGGAGUAUCUUUGGGUUAGGGCUAGGAAGGCGAAGGGGUUCAUGGAGGUGAGUGAGAAGGAUCAGAAGGGCAUUAGGGAGAGUAUUCCGGGACGGAUACGGGAUAAGGCGGAGGGGUUGGCGAGGGAGUUGGGAUUAUGGGUACACUCCCUUGCACCGGAUGAACCGCUACCGGAGUGGUCAACCAUCGAAGACGUUGUUGCUCCCACGAAAAAACGCAAAUCGGAAACAAAAUCACAGGACAAGAAACGCGUCAAGAAAGACGACACAAAAUCAGAAUCUGAAGAACAAGAAACCUGGAUGUUCGAUUGUCCAGCGUGUGGAGUCCAAGGCGAGAACCUUGAUGAUGGUAGCGCGAUGAUCAUGUGCGAGCGGUGCCAGUGCUGGAUGCACGUGGAUUGCCUUCCGAAGGAGAAAGUGCCAGCAGGCGAAGGGGACGAGUUUGUUUGCAGCAGGUGCGGGGAAGAAUGAUAAUCCGGCGGCACACUAGGGCUACAGCUACUCACUCUUUCUUGUGUUAUCGCCUGAGGUGGGGCUGAGUGGAGGGGAAGGAUGGCAGAAUGUUCCGCGGGUUCGUUCACGAGGCUUGCGUUGCGAUCCGGUAGGUCCCGAAGCGCAUCGCGGGGAUCACGGUUUGCGAGGCUCGAGGGGGGUCGGGGUUUUCCCAGGGACGGCAGGGCAUCUCGCGCCCAUCUCAUCUCGCCGGAGCAGCACAUGUCCCACCCCGCGCGCCGCGACCCAGCCAGGCACCGAGGAGCUCUACGGCCAGCGCCCGCCAGCGCACAGAAAAAAGAUAGGGACAACUCGGGUAGAUCCACGAU